UCUAAGGAGGAAAGGUUUGAAGCCGAUCUCCAUUGCCCAAGCCUUUGGUAGAAAGAUGUUUGGGCCGAGUGGACUGCCCACCAGAACUAAUCCAAGUCCAACGGCAGAUGCUCAAUUCCCCCUCUGAGUCUAGAAACCCACCGAACACCCUGUCGAUGAAGUGAAAUGCAAAUUCAGCCAUCGACACAAUCUCCGGCUACCUUAAGAUUCCUGGCAGCGAUUUCGACAGGUACCAUCCAAUUGGGUUUUACUCUAUUCAAACUCAAUACCGGUCCAUUGAAUGAAUCAGUUCGCCCCGUUGAGCAUCGCCGGAAUUACUCGUUCGCUUCGUCAACUGUUGCUGUUCUAAGAAGGCAGAGUUUCUUGAUUAGAGCACUGGGAGGAGGUAUUCAUCAUAAAGUUGAUAGUACUACUGGCAGUAUAAUGCAAGAGACUGAGGCUGAUGCUGUGAGCAUUAUCAGAGCAAUCACUCCUACUCUGGACCCAACUCGACAUAAAGGCCAAGCGGGUAAAUAGAGAACUUGAGAGUAAAAAAGAUUGCAACUUUGAUUUCAGUUUCACUCUUACCGUUUGUUGCCAACUGGGUUUUGGAUUGAUUGUUAACUCAGGGAGAAUAGCUGUGAUUGGAGGGUGCCGGGAGUAUACUGGAGCUCCUUAUUUUGCUGCUAUUUCAGCCUUGAAAAUUGGUGCAGACUUGUCUCAUGUGUUCUGUACCAAAGAUGCUGCUCCUAUUAUCAAGAGCUAUAGUCCCGAGUUGAUCGUUCAUCCAGUUUUGGAGGAGUCUUAUAGUGUAAGGGAGGAAGAGAGAAAGCAGGUAUCAGUGAAAGUUGUAGCUGAGGUCGAUAAAUGGAUGGAGAGAUUCGAUUGCCUUGUUGUUGGGCCUGGUCUUGGAAGGGACCCAUUUCUUCUGGAUUGUGUCAGUGAGAUCAUGAAGCAUGCAAGGCAUUCGAAUGUUCCAAUUGUCGUAGAUGGGGAUGCACUCUUUCUUGUAACAAACAAUCUUGAUCUGGUUCAUGGUUAUCCAUUGGCUGUUCUGACCCCCAAUGUGAAUGAAUACAAGCGACUGGUUCAGAAGGUUCUCAAAUGCGAGGUCGAUGAUGCUGAUGCACACAAACAAUUAUCGUCUCUUUCUAAACAGAUUGGUGGUGUAACCAUCUUAAGGAAAGGAAGAUCUGACCUCAUCAGUGAUGGUGAUUUAGUGAACUCGGUGAGUAUCUAUGGGUCCCCUCGGAGGUGUGGAGGGCAGGGUGAUAUUCUCUCCGGAAGUGUUGCAGUAUUUCUAUCUUGGGCACACCGAGAUUCCGUAGCUGCUGACAGGAAUCCAACUAUUCUAGGAUGCAUUGCCGGAUCAGCUUUGCUCCGGAAGGCUGUAUCUCUUGCUUUUGAGACAAGAAAAAGAGCGACUCUAACUACCGAUAUCAUCGAGUGUCUUGGAAGAAGUUUGGAGGAUAUCUCCCCAGCCUGUUGAGCUUCAUCUUCAGUCUUCUACCUAAACCUUAUUUGUUGUAGAAAGUUGUUCUUCUUUCACCCCUGUCUGAGUUCUUCUUAGUUUAGUUGCCUUGUAUAUCAACGUAAUAAAAAGGAUUAGGUCCAUUUUGAUGCAACUUGUGCUUGAAGAAUCUUGCCACUUUGAUGCUCUUUCAUGUAGUCUGAAACAACUUUUGGGUUGCUUUGUUGUAGCCCCCUGUACUGUGGAAUGUGGAUUACAUGGAAGAAUGCUUUUAAUAUCCCAAAUUUAGGGCUCGGUUGCUUGUUAGAUUUGAAAAUGAAGGUUUUGAGUUUUAAAAAUCUUUGGAUUUAUGAUGGAUUUGUUUCAUUAGGGAUUUGGAAGAGU